UCCCAAAGGCAUAACCCAGAACUUGUACACGUCACUUCCGCUCACACCCUGUUGACCAGAGACACCACCACAAGAGGGAAAUGGAGUUCUGAUUCUGAUGGCCCUGGGUCCUGCUGACUUCUGCCACCGUGUAACAGGGGACAACGGUUAUACAAUUUGAUGAGCAAUUUCUCACAUAUCGUGCGUAUCUGUGAGCAGCCCUCAGCCUCUACCGGGCCAUCUGAACUGUGCUGGGUCCAGCCUGGGGGAAGUGACUUGAGAGUGUGUUGCAAUAAAAAGUCAUCAUUUCCUGAUUGAGGCUGGGAGGCAGGGACUGUGUGUAUGUAACAGCAGAGGAUCAAAAGCGGAACAAAGCUGUUACAGUGAAUCAAGGAGUCAGGAGACCAUUUGACUUACCACAAACAGCAAAAUUCAAGGAAGAUCCUGGGAAGAGGCUUCGGGGGCCACGAUGAUCCUGCCGUCCCUGGCCUUGUUCUGUGUUGAGAGGAAGGAAGGGAGAGUGGAGAGGGAGGGAAACAUUGAUUUGGAAGCAGACAUAGAUCAGCUGUCUCUUGCUUACCCCUAACCACCAAGGACCUGGCCGGCAAACCCAGGGCUGCAUGUUGGCCAGGGAGACAUGAGAGAUCAUGAGUCACUUCCCAGGCCCUCCAUCAGUGCCUGGCCCAGCUGGGUGGUUCCUGUCAACAGUAAGGUGACACUGCAAUGCUCAGCUCCUACCAAGGAGGUCAACUUUGUUCUAAAAAAAAAAGGAGGUAAUGUGAGGUCCUCACUAUCUCCUGAUUCCCCGGAGGGCCUUGUGGAAUUUCACUUCACUGACAUACCAUACAGUUAUGCUGGAGAGUACACCUGUGAAUAUUACAGAAGUAUAAGCCCCAGCAUAAGGUCACCAUCCAGUGAUGUCCUUCUACUAGUGGUGACAGGGAAUUUAGAUAAACCUUCCCUCCGAGCCCACCACAGGGGCAAUGUGACUGCAGGAGAAAACGUGACCCUGCAGUGUCAGAAGCCCAGAUAUAUUACUGAUUCACACGUGUUUGCUCUGCUGAAGAAAGGAACUCCAAUACCCAUACAGUUCCACAGUCAAAGAGGAAAGGAGACAGACUUCUCCCUUCAAAGUGUGACAGUCAGUGACACUGGGAACUACAGCUGUGUGUUCUACCAACCACAUGCUCCUUUCUGGGCCUCACAGCCCAGUGAUCACAUUGAGAUCUGGGUGACAGAUGAAACAGAGUCUGACAAGAGAGCAGAAACACUAGGGACCACUGAAAUCAUCCUCAUUGUCACCUUCACCUCACUCUUCCUCCUUGCAGCCUUCCUCCUCACGGCCUUUCUCAUCUACAAAUACACCUGCUGUGGGGCAGCUCGUAACAGGAAGAUGAAACGCUCCCACUCUUCUAAGAACCCUGAAGUUGUGACAGAUGCAUCUACAAGUAUGACGAGCUGCUCUCCUGCCCUGGAUGAAGGAUCUCAAGAGUCAACAGCUGAAGAACCUCAAGGAGUGAUGUAUGCUGAGCUGAAUGCCAGAGUCCUGAGUGAGGGCCCUUCCAACCAGAUGAAGCAACCUCUGGAAACCUGUGUGUAUUCAACCCUUAAGGCGUAGCCAGGAAGAGAUCUGGAUCCAGGAAGAACCUCCAACAAGGGGCUGGACAAUGGGGCAGAAGCCCCUUGGGGGAUGAGACAAAUGGAGAUGCCUUUCCUCAAAUCUCCAGUUUAGACUUCCUUCUUCUAAGGAAAUAAAAUUUAUGUAUUUUUGGAGGGGAAGUGAGGGAGGGAAACAUCGAUGUGAGAAACAUCAAUUGGUUGCCUAUCACAUGCGUCCCAAUUGCAGAUUGAACCUGCAACCCAGGGGUGUGCUCUAGCUGCUAGCUGAACCAGCGACCUUUUGCUUUGUGGAAUGAUACUCUACCAACUGAGUCACACCGACCAGGACUAUUUUUUUUUUAAGUGAGAGGUAUCAUUUAUACAGAGUAAUAUGCCAAGAAAUGCCUUGGGUUGGGGGGUGGGGAGCAGCGGCACUGUUCAUGCCAGGAAAACCAACCAUGUGAUUAGAGUGUUGGGAAUGUGAGCCUGGUGCUAUCAGCCCAACCUCUGUGAACGGAGGAAGGCUGGAGACAGACUCAGUCAUGUGGGAAAUAAUACAAUCAACCACACCUGUUGAAGACACUCCAUUAAAAAUGCUGGAUACUGAAGCUGGGUACACUUCCUGGUUGGUGACCCAUCCUCAUGUGCCUGGAGAGUAGACACAUCCUGAGGAUAUAGGAAGCUUCGCUUUUGGGACCCUCUCAGACUUCAUCAUGUGUGUCGUUAGCCGGUACUGAUUUGUUUCCUUCACAAUAAAAUUGUAACCCUAAGUACAGCA